CUAUUCUCGAUGCAGGCUCUGGAGCUGUAUAUAUAGGGAACAGCGGUUUCCCUGCUGAAUUUAAGAUGUUGUCUUUCUAUAUAUGAUAAUGCACUUUCCAAAAAUCCUUAUACAUGAACCAGAGUUCAGUUUCCGCCCAAAAUCCCAAAAUGCGCUUUUACACCCUUCUUUUUCCACUUGCUGUGUUCGUGGGCCUGGCGACGGCCAAUGAUCCACCAUAUGGCCCUUGGAACAUAACAAACUACAUCCAAAGACGCUCGUCUGUCGCCCCGUCUGGCUACACGUAUAGCUUCAAUAUCACAUACGCACCAGUUCCGGGCUACUCCAAGCCGGGUGAUUCCCAACCUCACACCGAGCCAGCCUUCACAACUUUCUGCAAGGGUAACGAUACCCAAGGCACGCUGAACCCCUGCGAUGAUCCUGCCGUGUCGGCGACUACAAUUCCAGCACCGGGGCAUGCGACGCUCGUGGUGAUGCAUGUUUACAGUGUGCCGGACUCGCCAGAAACCAGAGCUGUGGAGUAUUUUCUGGCGGGGAAUACGACGGUGAAGCGGCCGUUUCUGCUUGUGCCGCAGACCCUGCAAAUCAUUGCUACUCAGGAGACAGUCGAGGCAUGAGCUGGGAUCUGGAGCUUAAGUCAUGUCUCUGCCAUGGCCGCUGGAAUGAUGUGAGAGUGGAAGGUUGGAGGUUUCUUAUGACCUGUGUCUUGAUAAAUGUUAUUAAUUGUCAUUGACAGGUGGCCGGAUAGGGGGGCAUGUAGAAGAGAGCUGACUGACAAUUACCACUGUCUCCCCGACUUUCUGGGUCGUGAGAUACUGGAUUUUCCAUUUUUGAAUAUAUGAGAUUUAGACGUUGGGGGAAACGAUAUUUUUAUUUUUACCGGCCAUGACGGACAUGUAUGAUAAUUCGACGAUCUCAUGAUGAAAUGAGGCAUUCGGAGCUUAUAUCCUCCCUGGUAAGGAGCAAUACAGUCAUUUCUGCUUCGCUGGAAGGAGGGAGAAAAGGAAAAGAGGGGGUCGGAGAGAGCAAUUAUACAGAGCAGUCCCAGCAAGAGAUUCAUUCUAGUUGAUAUCAUG